UCUUAUCACUGCUAGCUCUCACUACAAAGUCACCCAGCGCACCACUUCAGUACCGUUCCAACCUUUAACGACUCAAAAUGCCUUGGACCCGCCCGUCGACCGUUCCCUUUCCCAGCGUAUGGCUCCGCUUCCAGGCCAAGGGCCUUGACUCCCCCGACCCGGUGUGGUACGUUGUGCAGGACGUCCCGGAAGAUCGUUUCGAGGAUGCGGUUCGAUUCAUGAGCCGCUUCUUCCCCCACGACGAACAGCUGAACGAGGUGCUGGGAUUCAUGGAUGAUCCACUCGCGCUGGAGGAAUCGGUCCACCUUUGGAGGGACAUGGUGCGUCAACGAGUUUCGUUGGUUUGCUUCCGGGAGGGAUCGUCCGAGAUUGUCGGGGCCAACAUGCUUGGAGUGUCUUGCAAGGCGGAUCAGAAGCGAGAGGAACGGUUUGGGAGUGCGAUCCUGCAGACCAUCUACGACACCACCAAGUACGUGUCCAAACAGGCGAAUCUGUACGAGCGGUACGGCGUGCAGGAGUACCUGUCUGCGAUGGGACUUUCGGUGGAUCCGAAGUAUCGCGGACGGGGGAUCGCUACGGAACUGCUGCGGGCGAGGAUUCCGCUUUGUAGGGCGGUUGGAAUACGGUUGACCUCGACGUGCUUUACCGGUGCUGGGUCGCAAAUUGCCGCGGCUAGGGCCGGUUAUACGGAGGACUAUUCGGUGACUUAUGGCGAGUUGAAGGCGAUUGAUGCGAGAUUUGACUUUCCGGGGAUUGAAAACAAACCGUGCAAGUACAUGAGUUAUCGAAUUGAGUGAAUGUGGUUAAAUUUAGAAUACAAAUACACAAAUGCAGUUCAGCUCUAUAACUUCUAUAAAUAGCACACUUCAUUGAAGAUAGAGAGAGAGUGAGACCCACUCAAACGUAAUGCCUAAGUGGUGCAAUCAAUUUAGCUCGUUAUCAAGUGACACGUGGCACCCCGUGGAGAAUGUGGACAAAUAAUAACGAGGAUGCUAUUUACCAUAUCUGAGAUUGGUGCCAGCAGCUGAUGCUGUUAUCAGCAAUUAUUCCAAAUAAAGAAAAACGAAAUUUUAAAAAAUAACCUACAAAACGUACAA